UUUUUGUGAAUAUUCUCUAAAUAUUACUUGAAGAAAUAGUAAAUGACUAAAUGUUAUUGGAGAAAGAAACAAAGUUUUUCAGGUAAAACACAUAUGCGAAAUUUUCCAAGUAUAACAAGAGGGGAGAGAGACAGAUUGAAACUUUGAUUUGCUCGAACCCCGAUUAGCUGAAAUCGGUAUAAUCUCGAUCGUGAGAAGAACCUAAAUUGUUUCCUCGUCAAUUCCGACUCCUGGUAACGUCUAGUCUGCAAAUGGCGUCGGUUGUUGCAAAACCAUGUAGUAAUAGUAGUAGUAGUUCCAGUCAUGUAUCAGCUGUUGCAAUGGUGCAAGAAAAUGGGAGUAGGAAUAAGAGAAAGUUUAGAGCUGAUCCACCACCUGUAACAGACCCAAGCAAAACAAGUUCUCCUUCUCAGAAUGAAUGCCUGGGUUAUGAGUUCUCUGCUGAAAACUUCAAUGGCUGUGACAUGUGUAGCUUCAGUCAUGAGAACACAGAUCCUGUUGAACUUGAUCUAGGGCUCUCUUGUUCAGCAUCAGUAGGAACAUGUGAGGCCGGGCGGAAUCAUAACAGAGCAGAAAUAGAAGCAAGUGAUGAAUUCCAUGAUGCUGAUUGGAGUGAUCUCACGGAAUCUCAGCUGGAAGAGCUUGUUUUAGCAAACUUGGACACAAUUUUCAAGAGUGCCAUUAAUAAAAUAGUUUCUUUCGGUUACACGAAAGAAGUUGCUACUAAUGCUGUUUUGAGGUCUGGUCUUUGUUAUGGCUGUAAAGAUGCCGUGUCAAAUAUCGUGAACAACACUUUGGUUUUCCUUAGAAAUGGGCAAGAAGUUGAUUCAUCAAGAGAGCAUCAGUUUGAAGAUCUACAACAGAUGGAGAAGUACAUAUUAGCUGAACUUGUGUGUGUUGUUCGUGAAGUCAGGCCUUUCUUCAGUACAGGGGAUGCAAUGUGGUGCUUGUUGGUAUCUGACAUGAAUGUCUCUCAUGCUUGCACAAUGGAUAGCGAGUCUUUAAGUAGUAGUAGUAGUAGUAAUAUGGUUGGUGAUGUGUCUGAUCCCAAUCCCAUAGAAACACAGCCAAGAAAGGAAGUUAAUAAUAGUGAAAGUCAUUCUUCCCUUUGUCCCCAUAAAUCGGCUUCAGAACCUCAACCACUUGUAAUGACCUCUUGUGGACAUAAUUCUAGCUUUAGCAGCCCACCAGUUAAACCAAAGACUCCCUUUGUUUUAAAUAGAUUUGCAUCAGAGAAAGAGAACCAUGUGAGUAAAUGUAAAUCCCAAAACCAUGAAGUGAGUGGUAGAAAGAUUACUGGAAUCAGUAAAAGAGAAUCAAUACUGAGACAAAAGUCUGUUCAUUUGGAGAAAAGCUAUCGUACAUAUGGCUCUAAAGGGUCUUCAAGAACAGGAAAACUCACGAAUUUUGGUGGGUUGCUACUGGAUAAAAAACUAAAAUCCGUAUCAGAAUCUACAGGUAUCAAUCUCAAAAACCUGUCUUUGAAAAUAAACAAGGGAGUGGCACCUCAACGUUCAGAUUUCAACACAGAGACUUGUGGUAAUAGCAAUCCUCCUACAUUACCAAAAACCCAUAAUAACCCUCCUGCAUCUGCAUCUGAAACUGAAUUAUCUCUUUCAAACCCACCAAAACAAAAUGAUGUUCAUGUUUCUUCUAAUCCUAGUUUUUCAGCCAUCCCAUAUGACAAAUGGAUCUCACAUGCUAAAAAAGAUGAAACAAUUAUGAAACUGGUUCCAAGGGUACAUGAGCUUCAGAACCAGUUACAGGAGUGGACAGAAUGGGCGAAUCAGAAGGUUAUGCAAGCUGCACGCAGACUUGGUAAAGACAAAGCUGAGCUGAAAUCACUUAAAUUGGAGAAAGAAGAAGUGGAAAGGUUAAAAAAGGAAAAACAAACAUUAGAGGAAAACACAAUGAAGAAGCUUUCUGAAAUGGAGAAUGCUUUGUGUAAGGCGAGUGGGCAGGUGGAACGAGCUAAUUCUGCUGUUCGUAGGCUGAAAGUUGAGAAUUCCAAUUUGAGACAUGAGAUGGAGGCUGCGAAUUUAAGGGCUGCUGAGUCAGCUGCCAGCUGUGAAGAGGUGUCAAAAAGAGAGAAGAAGACGCUUAUGCAGUUUCAGUCAUGGGAGAAGCUAAAAAGCUUGAUUCAGGAGGAGCUUAUAACCGAGAAACGCAAGUUCACACAGUUACAACAGGAUCUUCAAGUAGCUAAACAACAGCAAGAUCAACUUGAGAGCCGAUGGAAACAGGAAGAGAAAGCAAAAGAAGAGUUGGUGAGAGAGGCGAAUUCGUAUAGAAUAGGAAGGCUAGAGGCUGAAUCUUCAGCCAAAUUAAGAAACGAGUUAACAAGAUUAAAAGCAGAUAAAAAUCUACAAAGAUACAAACAAGAUAUCGAAAAGCUUCAAAAGGAAAUCUCCAUGUUGAAUCUAAAAUCCAAUUCUGUAAAAAUAGCUGCUUUAAGGGGUGGUGUUGAUGGAAGCUACGCAAGUAAAUUAACCGAAAUCAAAACCUCAAAUUCCCAACAAGAAUCCCAGACACAGACACUUUACACCUCCAAAAUGAUGAAUAAUAAUAACCCCCAUGGUGUUGGUAAUUAUAAUGGUGGUGGAGUAGGGGUAAAACGGGAAAGGGAAUGUGUUAUGUGUUUGUCCGAGGAAAUGUCGGUUGUGUUUCUGCCAUGUGCGCAUCAAGUUGUGUGUACGACUUGCAAUCAGCUUCAUGAGAAACAAGGAAUGAAAGAGUGUCCUUCGUGUAGAGGAGCUAUACACAGGCGUAUUUGUGUACGCUAUGCUCGUUCUUGAUGAACACAAACUUGAGCUUUUUUUUUUAUAUACUUUUUUUGCAAAAUAAUUGAGUGCGGAAUGUUUUUUUUUUUCAUAUUUGUUUCGCGUGUUGAUGAAAGUUUGGACAUUUGAGGUUGUUAUAAUGAUUGCUUAAAGUUAAAACCAGUUGUCUUGUGUUGGGGUUUGAUGUAAUAAAGACAUGUAGGUUACUAAGGUCAGGCUUUUGGGUUUUUUU